UAUUUGUUUGUUGCUGUUUUAUGUAUAGAUGUCUUGUAUACUGGAACUGCAGAUGGAAAUAUUGUUCGUAUAACUGGAAAACAGAUUGAGAAGAUAGCACGUAUUGGAGGAGACUGUGAAGGACCUUGGGAAGAGGAAAUAUGUGGCCGACCACUUGGGAUGAGGUUUGAUAAAAAUAGAAAUCUUUACGUUCUUGAUGCUUAUUAUGGAUUGAUGCAUGUUAAUGUAAGAACUGGAGCAGUAACACCACUGUUGCCAUACACAGAAUACAUCAAUGAGAAAAAGCUUGUGUUUCCUAAUGAUCUUACAAUUGAUGACAAAGGAAUAAUAUACUUUACUGAUGCUAGCACCCGCUGGCCACUGAACAGGGCUAUCUUUAAUGUCUUGGAGCAUGAUAACCAUGGAAGGAUAAUAAAAUUUGACCCAUCAACCAAGGAAACUGAAGUACUUCUAGAAAACCUGUACUUUCCAAAUGGUAUUCAGCUCGCUGCUGAUGGCAAGAGCUUGCUCAUUGCAGAAAGUAACAAAUUACGUAUAAUACGAUACUACUUUCGAGGACCCAAUAAAGGUAAAAAAACAGUAUUUGCAAGACUUCCUGGCGAACCAGAUAAUAUUCGACCAAGCAAAAAUGGUGGCUACUGGGUGGCUUUAUGUUUUGGCCGUCAUGCUGGUUCUCCAACACUAAUUGACUGGCUGGCUCCCUAUCCUGCCAUAAGGACACUAGUGGCUAGGUUAUUACAUGCAACAGGCACUGUUUUGCAUUAUUUUUCCCAAUUUGUUUCAUCUCCAGCUGUAAAGAGUUGUGCUCAUUUGGUGGAGAGUGGAAGAUUCUUUUUUAGUCUAAUGCCAAGGUAUGGAAUGGUGGUUGAACUUGAUAAAAAGGGAAAGAUAAUAAGAAGUCUUCAGUCUUCUGAUGGCCAGGUGGCAAUGUUGUCUGAAGUUUUGGAACAUAAUGGAAAUUUGUAUAUAGGGUCUUUCAUUAAUCCAUUUUUACUUAAAUUGAAGGCUUAGUCUAUUACAACUUUUAUCAUUGAAUAUGUAAAAACCUCAUAACAUUCUGAAGUAAAUUUUACAAAUUUAAUUUUGUUAUAAAUUUCAUAAACAUAGACUGGAGUAAAAUGUAAGUACACUGUGAAUAUAUUAAAAUAAAUCAAAACAUGAUUGUAAA